CGAUAUGAAAUAUGAAUAACGUUAAUGUGUCUACGAUAUUGUGAACAACACAUCUAUAGAGUGGUCUAAACGUGUAAAAGUGUUUGGUAGUUGGCUUACCCGGUAAAAUUUCAUGAUGAAUUUUAUAUUGUGAAAAAGUGAGAUGAGUGAAGUGUAAACAUUAAAGCGUACAGCAGGUUUUAAUUAUACAAUUAUACACACGGAUACAAAAUUGCACUUACACGAGCAAUAUCAAAUCACAAUAUGUGUCUCAAUAGUAUAGCUCACAGAGGGCACAAUGGAGGAGCAAGCGUGUUUGGUGCGCGCGCGCUCUGAUUCCGAGACGUCGUCGAAGCUCGGCAGCUUUGGGUCUAUAGCGCAUACCAUGACGUAUACCGAGGAUAGGCUGACGGCUGCGGAAGGUAGCGGCGAGCCUGGCAAUACUACCAACAUGGCUGCCGUGCCACCGGACAACGACGCGAACGAUAGCGGGGAACUACUCGAUUAUAAUGAUUCGAGUGUUCUCGAACAGUUCCAUGAGGAUGCUUUGCGACAGGCGGGUUGCGGUUUAUCGCAAGCGCGCGUGAUGCUAGCGGUCGGGCUGUCGGUUAUCGGCUCGGCGUUGGAGAUGUCGUCCAUACCGUUUGUGUUGCCAUCCGCCGAGAUUGAGCUGUGCGUGUUGCCGCAUGAGAAAAAUUGGCUGGUGAUGAUCAGCAUAAUGGGUGGGUCGCUCGGUGCGGUGGGGUGGGGGGCGCUCGCUGAGAGACUGGGAAGGAGACGAGCGUUGUUAUCAGCACUUGCUGUGAACGCUGUGUUCGCUGCUAUAGCGGCUUUCAUGCCUACGUACGGGACUUUUAUGAUGGCCAGAUUCUGUUCAGCCAUCGGUUCCGGGGGCAUAAUACCGACCGGGUACAUAUACUGCAGCGAGAUGAUAUCCCGGACCCGUCGGACCCUGCCCCUGGCUAUGUUCCCCGCGUGUAUGGGCAUCGGGAUCCUAAUAGCGGCCGGGUUGGCGAAGGCAAUACUGCCCUACACUGGGGCAGAGGCACUUAUCGAGAAUAAGGAGCAUUUUAGCGCGUGGCAUAGAUAUCUCCUACUAUGCAUGUUGCCAUUGCUAGCGUCGCUCAUAAGUUUGAUAUGGACGCAGGAAUCGCCGCGGUAUUUACUAGAUGUUGGGAGGGAAGUUGAUGCCAUGAUGGUGUAUCAGAGCAUACACAGCGGUAAUCAAGUCCGUUUGUGUGGCAAGUCGAAUUUGACGAGCGACUCGGAGUACAGACUGGGCGAGCUAUCUCUGCCAGGCAAGAGGAGGCCGCCGGCGUUGCAUCAUGUGAGGCAUAGUGUUAAAAUGUUCUGGCAGACAUUUUUUCAACUAUUCUCGAAUACGUAUAGAAGUACUACACUGUCCCUCGGCGGGACAUUGAUGUUCUCUAUGGCCAUAUCGUUCUACCUAUCCGCCUAUGUACCGGCUAUAGUACAAGAUAUGGAAACCGAAGCAUUCGCACUGUCAAAGCGAAAUAUUCUCAACAUAACAUAUGAAAACGAACAUUACAAUGAGACUUUGGAAAAUAUAGAUUUCACCGACGUUACGUUCAGAAACGUGACGUUCAGGGAUAUGUUGAUGUCGCAUGUUGGGUUUCUGAACUGCACCUUCGUGAAUGUCGCGUUUUCGAACAUAAAGACUUCGUACACGAGUUUCAAGGGAUCGCUGUUUGUUAAUACUACCAUGAUAGACACGGACAUGGAGGUCGGUCGGGAGUUGGACGCAGCUUGUGUGUUAGUGGGCAGCUCCGUGCGGGGGGUUCGUGGGGGGUGUGCUUCUAGGGCUGACCUGGCUGGCACACUGAGGGCGGCUUUACAUGAACAGACGUUCGGCGCACACGCAGCACUACUAGCGGCUCCGCUAACUGCAGCCCCGCUAUGGGCGAGGCCCCUGGUCGUCCUGUGCAGCGCUCUAGUAUUGCUAUCUCCCUCUAUCUACUUCGCGCAGAUAGAGACAGCACUAUACGUGGUCGAGGCUGCGUAUAGGCUCAUUGUGACUGUUAUAUUCUUCACUAUAAGCAUAAAAGUGGUCGAUGGAUAUCCGGCUAAUUUGAGGUGCACAGCGCUAGGGCUAGUGCUGGCGGGUGCCUACAUGUGCGGUACGGCGGCCCGCGGAGCCCCCGCAGCCCCGCCCCCCGCCAGCGCGGCCCUCGCUGCAGCCCUAGCGGCCGCCGCAGCCCUGGCCGCGAGGGCCUAGCGUGGAGUCUUCACGAUGUGGAUUGUGUGAUUUCGAAAAGUGAAGUUAUCCCCUACCACCAUCGGGACAUCGAAUCAUAUUAUUUUUAAAAGGCAGCCAUUUUGAAUCGAACAGUAACAAAAAAUCAUAUUUUUUUAUAAGUGAAAAAAAAAAUAUUUUUUAGUGAUUUUUUUUUAUAUAUUAGCAGCUAUUGUACUUUCAUGAACUGUAGAUUUUUUGAAUCGGAUUGUUUUGUUUUUUUUUUUUUGUAAAAAAAAUGGUAGGAUUAUAUGAAGUGAACGGAGAACUUCCCUUUUUUGAAGUCGGUUAAAAAUUAAUACGUAUCCUCUUUAAUAAAUAUAAGCAAGGCUGAUUCUGUAGCUGUGUGUUCGUAGCUAGACAUGACAUAUUGAAUGGAUGGACAAUUUUCGAUGGAAUGUACGCUCACUAUUCAUUUAUAUACGUAAACCUAAAAUGUAGUUAGUUAAACAUAGGUCGAAAUUUGAGAAUUGAAAAAAAAAAUUUUUUUUUCAUUUUUUUUUUUAUAAUUAUGUCAAUUCUCAUGAAUUAUUUUGCAUAUCAUAAUAUUAUAUCUUUAGUUGUAAAGUAGAUAAUAAUAAAAAAACACGAUUAUAUUUACUCUUCCUUUGAUCUCUACCUUUCUGUAUAUUGGAAAAUAAAUUAUUUUUUGUCUAAAACUGAAAUUGUUAA